AUGAGAAAUCCUCCUCCGUCUCUACUCUCCCUCACCGUUAACACGGCCGUCUUAAAUCUCUCUCGCAUCAACGAUCUCUCCCAUCUUCCUGAUCACAUCGUCCUUGAACUCUUCGCGAGAACAUUGAAAGCUGGGAAGUUGAAUGAGAGAGUUCUGAGACUUUUCAUGGCGUCUGGAAACGAAGAAGUUCUUUCUAUUAUCGACGCACUCAAAAUCAGAAUCGACGUAACUCCUAUUCUUCCUACUCGAUGUCAGGAGAAAUUUAGAAUGUAUGGGACUAGACGCUAG